AUGGCAAUCUCUACAGCCCCGGAGGCCAACCUUUCCGACGCCAUCGAUACUCCGACGUUGCUAAACAACAUUGUCGUUGUCGAAGGAAAUGUUGACUACAAAGGCCGCCCUGCCAACCGGUCCAAAUCCGGCCGCUGGAAAUCCGCAGCUUUCGUCAUAGGUAUGGAGAUGGCAGAGAGGUUUGCUCAUCACGGAAUAAGUUCGAAUUUGAUCAGUUACUUGACCGGGCCACUCGGCCAGUCCACUGCUACGGCAGCGGAGAACGUGAAUGCUUGGUCCGGUACAGCGUUGCUUCUGCCGCUCUUGGGUGCAUUCGUCGCCGAGUCGUUUCUGGGUCGAUAUUGGACCGUCAUAAUCUCUUCAUUGCUGUAUAUCAUGGGACUUGGCUUCUUGACCCUUUCAACAGUUCUUCCCUCUUUCAACUCAUCUGGGUGUCAACAUGCAGAAAAUGCUGUGACAUGUUCACCUUCUGAAUUCCCAAUCAUUUUCUGCUUCUUUUCAUUGUAUCUAAUAGCUGUGGCCCAAGGAGGGCAUAAGCCUUGUGUACAAGCUUUUGGAGCCGACCAAUUUGAUGGACAAGAUCCAGAAGAAUGCAAAGCCAAAAGCUCGUUUUUCAACUGGUGGUAUUUUGGUAUGUGUUCGGCUAUUUUGGUCGCAUUAGUGAUUUUAACCUACAUUCAAGAUAAUUUAAGUUGGAGCCUUGGAUUUGCGAUUCCCUGCCUUGUAAUGGGUUUUGGACUUAUCUUGUUCUUGCUCGGAACUGUCACCUACCGGUUUAGCGUCAAUAGUGAGGAGAAGAGCCCUUUUAUGAGAAUUGGUCGAGUAUUUGUGAAUGCAGCUAGAAAUUGGAGAGCCACCUCUUCAACAUUAUCCAUGCAACUGGAGUCUCAGGGCUCUGUGCCUUACCAAGGUCCUCAAGAAUUCAAGUGA